AUGGGACUUACAGAUAAUGGAAAAAUUGGCACUAUUUGUAAUCGUAUAACUUCUAGAAAUCUUCUUAUUGUUGCUUUCGUAUUUCUUGGUUUACUCUCAUUUUCAUUACUUAUUACUGUUAUUGUUCAAGCACGAAAAAAUCAUGAAAUAAAUCAUGAAACAAAUAAUAAUGAAUUAUGUCUUACUCGAGGAUGUAUUUCAGCAGCAACACAUCAAUUACGUUCUAUAGAUAAUACAGUAUUAUCGAAUUUAUGUACAGAUUUUUAUACAUAUGCAUGUGGUAAUUGGAUAAAAACUCAUCCUAUUCAAUCAUUUGAUGUUGAACGAACAAUACUUGGUGAUAUAAUUGAUCGACGUAAUUUUGAAAUUGAACGUCUUCUUGAUGCACCUAUAUCACGUACAAAUGAACGAAGUUGGGAAUAUAAACUUAAAACAUAUUAUACUGAAUGUCUAGAUGAUUAUGCACGAGUACCUAAUAGUGGAACAUAUAUGAUAGGACUUAUAAAAGAUAAUGCUACAAUUGAUGGUUGGUUUAUGUUUGAUAAUAGUGUUGAAAAUGCUAGUCAAGUAGCUUUAUUAAAAAAUCAAACAUUGUAUCAACAAAUGUCUCAUAUCCAUGGAGAUUUUGGUGCUUUGGCUAUAUUUGGUAUACGUACAAGAUUUGAUGAAAAUGAUACAAGUAUAAAACGACUUGAAUUCUUUCCAGCUGGUCUAACCAUGGAAGUCAACGAUUAUGUGGGUACUGAUUCAGUAUCAAUGUCACGUCGUGCAGCUUUACAAUUAUAUAUUGUUGAAGUAGUAACUUUACUUGCUAUGGAAGCAGGAAUAAAUGAUACAAAUUUAAGUGAUCGAGCAUUUACUGUUGCUAAUGAUGUAUUUACUGUUGAAGAAUUUUUAGCUGAAAGUCUUCAACGUAAUCCUACAUCUAAUGUGCCACGAACAACAACUUUACAAGAAAUCUCAGCACAAUUUUCGUUUGAUUUUUCUAAUUUAAUGGCACAUGAAUUAGGUGAUCCAAGUGUUAUUUCAAUAUUAACACCUAUCUAUUUAUCAAAUACAAUGUAUUUCACAGAUGCAUUUGGAUAUAUGUCAAAGGAUACAGAUCCAUUAUUUGCACGAAUGAUUCAUAAUUAUCUUCGAUGGCGUCUUAUUUCGACUUAUAUUGAUGAUCUAUCAUAUGAAUAUGUUCAUGCACAUCGAUUAUAUCUUAAUGCUUAUUAUGGUCAUGCAUUACAUACAUCAAAUGAUGUUUAUUGUACACGUGAAGUUAUACGUCGAUUUCCACUUGCUAUUCAACAUUUAUAUACAAUGAAUGUAACAAGAUAUUCUAAUGCUAUUACAACAGUUCAAACAAUUUUUGAUUCAUUAAAAAAUGGAUUUAAAGAAUAUAUUAAUGAAAAUGCAAAAUGGAUGGUUGAUGAAGAAACAAAAAAUAUUGCUAGAGAAAAAAUUGAUAAAUUAACAGCAGCUAUUGGUUAUGCAACAAUUGCUUCAGAUGAUGCAUCACUUGAUAAUUAUUAUGAAAAAUUUUUUGUAAAUAAUGAUUUACAUCUUGAAAAUGCAUAUCAUUAUCAUAAUUUUCAUCGAUGGAGUUUAUCAAAUUCAUUACAAAAUCCAAAUAUACUUGAUCAUUGGGAUUAUUUUGAAACACGAACAAGUCGACUUUUUGAUUAUAUUGCUCUUUUUAAUCGUUUAUUUGUUAUUGCUAGUGGUAUGCAUGAACCACUUGUUAAUUCAGAAUGGCCAUGGCCUGUAAAUAUGGGUUCAAUUGGUGUUCUACUUGCUCAAAAACUUUUUGCUAGUAUAGAUGGUCCUGAUGGUCGAACACAUUUACCAAAUGGAACACGAUAUGAUUGGUGGCAAUCACCAACAAUUAUUGGUUAUAAUAAUAGUCGUAAUUGUAUAACUGAUUAUUAUGUACGUGAUUUAAAAACAUUAACAUAUAAUAUUAAUGGUGCUGAAAUACAAAUUCCAUUAGCUGGUGAACCAUUUUCACCAACAACACUUCGACAUAUAGGUGCACUUCGUUUUGCAUAUAAUACCUUAAUGAAAAGUAAUGAUAUAAAAUCAUUUAAAAUGCCUGGAACAAAUUUUACAAGUCAACAAACUUUUUUUCUUGCUUAUGCUCAAACACAAUGUUAUCAACGAGAAGAACUUUUACAAUUAAUACGAACACAAUUAGGUGUUUAUGAUGAAAGAACAGCAUUAAAUGCUGCUCUUAUUCAUAUGCCUGAAUUUGCUCAAGCAUUUCAAUGUCAAUCAAAAGAGAAUCAAUGUUUUGAUUAG